GUUUUUACAACCACUUAACCUAUUUUCUGGCUGCUGGUGCUGUUAGUUUGGGGAUUGGUUUCUUUGCUUUAGCAUCUGCUUUGUGGUUCCUGAUCUUCAAACGGAGAGAAAUAUUCCCAAAUUCCAAAGUUAAAUCAGUUGAUGAGAAGUUGAAGCAAAGAUCAUCCAAAUCGAAGGUUAAAUCUCAGUCUCAGAGCGUUUUCAUUUCUCAAAACUUUCAUGCUGGCCAACCCCAGCCACAGGUGGAGCGGAGAGGGAAAGAAGCAGCACAAACCAAAGAAGUUGACAAUCAUACUAAAGAUGAACUGUGGCCUGAGACAAAACCCGUCAGCCCUGAUCCAUCAGUGAUAACCUCAACAGUAAAUGGCAGCAGCAUGGCAAUGAGCUUCUCAACCUCACCCUCCAAUUCCUGCUGCAGCCGAAGCAUAGAAGCAACUGAAGACUGGUUUUUUGAUGCUUCUCAAGCAGAGAAUUCUCCAAAGCCUUUUCUUGGGGAGCCUCUGGAAGAAAACGUGCUCUCAUACUUGUCAACCAUUUCAUUUGAAGAGUGGCCUGGAAAUGUGAAUAUGACACUUGAUGGUGAUGAGAAAGACGAAGGCAUUAAGGGAAUGUUUUCACAGAAAAAUCCAGAGGUUGAAAUGCAAAAACCUUCACUAUAA